AUAAGAAGCCAUUUAAUUUCCUGCAACAAAUCUAUGGCUGUUCUUAUAGUUUUGGGCUUGGUGGUGUUCAUAUGUGCUGGAGUUUUGUCACUGAAGCGCCGCAAGUCGUUUGUUUCUUAUGGACCCAGAUCUUAUCCUUUUAUUGGGUGCAUGGUUUCCUUCUGGAAGAAUCAGAGCAGGCUGUGUGAAUGGUAUACAGAGCUGCUGAGAGAUUCCCCCUCGCAGACCAUGACAGUUGAGCGGUUGGGCGCCAUUACAACCGUUGUGACGGCUAAUCCAGAGAACGUGGAACACAUUCUGAAGACCCGAUUUGAGAAUUAUCCCAAAGGUCGGAUCUUUAACGAAAUUCUGCACGACCUGCUGGGCAACGGCAUCUUCAACGCAGACGGAGAGUCAUGGAGAACACAGAGAAAGAUUGCGAGCUACGAAUUCAACACGAAAUCGCUGCGCAAUUUCAUUGUCGAUUGCGUGCAGGCAGAGACCACGGAGCGUUUUCUGCCUCUGCUCGACCAGGCUUCUCAAAGUGGGAAUUUUCUUGAUUUCCAAGACGUUCUGCGGCGAUUCUCCUUCGACAACAUCUGCAAAGUGGCGUUCGGAAUGGACCCAAAGUGUCUCGACCUCAGCCUUCCGCAGUCUGAGUUUGCAGACGCCAUGGACGUCGCAAGCUACCUGAGUUCUAAAAGAGCUCGAUCUGUGAUAAGCCUGGAGUGGAAACUCAAGCGGGCUUUGAACGUCGGCUCCGAAAAGACUCUCGCCCAAGCAGUCCGUGUUGUUCAGGAGUUUGCCAGAGACAUUAUUCACAGGAGAAGUGCGGAAGUCGAUCUCAAACCAGACCUGCUCUCGAGAUUCCUGCAACUCACUCGAGGCAGAUUUGGCGAGGACUCUUUACGAGAUAUUGUGGUGAGUUUCGUGUUGGCAGGAAGAGACACCACGGCUUCUGCAUUGACAUGGUUCUUCUGGCUCCUUUCUUCCCAUCCCGAGAUCGAAGAACGCAUUUUUAACGAAGUGACUAAGAUAAAGGCCCUGUCAUAUGAGGAGAUCAAAGGGAUGGAGUAUCUUCAUGCAGCGAUUUGCGAGUCAAUGAGAUUAUAUCCUCCUGUUCGCUACGACUCAAAACAGGCUCUGCAAGACGACUAUCUUCCAGACGGCACAUUUGUGAAAAAGGGCAGCUGGGUAACUUAUCAUCCCUACGCCAUGGGGAGGAUGGAGAGCAUUUGGGGUGCAGAUUGCAUGGAGUUUAAACCAGAGAGAUGGUUUAAAGACGGCGUUUUUCUUCCGCAGAACCCAUUUAAGUAUGCCGUCUUUCAGGCUGGUGCGCGCAUGUGUUUGGGCAAAGAUAUGGCGUUUAUUCAGAUGAAGUAUAUUGCGGCUUCUGUGAUUCGUGGGUUUCGUUUAAGAGUUGAUCCACAGCAUGAGGCGCACUUCGUUCCAAGUUUAACUGCAACUAUGAAGAAUGGGCUGCCAGUUGUUGUGGAGAAGCGAGCCUCACGAUUGCCUGCUUCGUGACGUCAGCCCUGUCUUAGAAUUAAUUAUCUUCAUUCCUUCUCAGUACCACUUGAAAUUUACAGUGUAUAAUAUAUAUAACCAUGUAUUAUGAAAGUUCAUACCUGUGUAACAUAUAUAUAUAUAUAUAUAUAUAUAGAGGUACGUAG